CACUCCAUAUUCUUUCUAUUCUACAAUUUCACACGUGGUUAUUAUUGGUGGUUAUGUGUAUGAUCACAUUAUUGUGAUGUAUUGUAAUUGUUUUGUGUAGUAAUUGUUGGAAUAAUUUGAAAUUUAAAAAAUUAAAUCAUCACGAUGUCUGUUCCCGAUAAAUAUCUAUCGCGUAAAAUGAAUAAAAAAAUUCAACGUAAAAAAGAAGCGUUGAAUGAAAAAAAGUUGAAGCUGAAAGAGGUGAUUAAUGAUGAAAAGCCUAAAAAGGUGACUCAAGUUAAUGGAGCUGGAAAAAGACCACAUACUGAAGAUGGUUCAGUGAAAAAAAAAAAGAACAGAGUAAGAGAGAGUGAGGAUGAUGAGGAAGAAGAAGAAGUACCGGUUGACGUUACAACCAAACAGAAAAAAAUAAAUAAAGUUACAAAUGGUAAUAAUUCAAAUUCAAAGGAUCAUGAUAGUGAUAAUGAUGAUGAUGAUGAAGAAGAAGAAGAAGAAGAUAACAGUGAUGUUGAAGAUGAUCAAACUACAAAAAGCUUACCAGGUUCUUCAGUCGGCUUUGAUGUUUCAAAUGACAAAUCUUUCGAAUCUUUAAUUGGAAAAGUUUGUGAUCUUACUUUGAAAGCUAUAAAAGAUAUGGGUUUUGAAAAUAUGACAGAAAUUCAAGCCAAAGCAAUUCCACCUCUGCUUGAAGGCCGCGAUCUUGUUGGUGCUGCCAAAACUGGUUCCGGAAAAACUUUGGCGUUUCUUAUUCCUGCUGUAGAACUUAUUUACAAGUUAAAAUUCAUGCCACGAAAUGGUGCUGGAUGUAUUAUUAUUUCACCGACACGUGAGUUGGCAAUGCAAACAUAUGAGGUUCUUAAGGAAUUAAUGAAGUAUCAUCAUCAUACUUUUGGUUUACUGAUGGGUGGCGCCAGCAGACAAGCAGAAGCACAAAAACUUGCUAAAGGAAUAAAUAUUUUAGUAGUAACACCCGGAAGAUUAAUUGAUCAUCUUCAAAAUACUCCAGAUUUUCUAUUUAAAAAUCUUCAAUGUCUUAUUAUUGAUGAAGCUGAUCGUAUUCUUGAUAUUGGGUUUGAAGAAGAUCUUAAACAAAUUAUUAACAUCUUACCGAAACGAAGACAAACAAUGUUGUUCAGUGCAACUCAAACAAAGAAAACUGAAGCACUGACAGCUUUGGCAUUAAAAAAAGAACCAAUUUAUAUUGGUGUUGAUGAUGACAAAGACCAGGCAACUGUUGAUGGUUUAGAGCAGGGUUACGUAAUAUGUCCCAGCGAAAAAAGAAACCUUCUAUUGUUCACAUUCUUGAAAAAAAAUCGUAAAAAGAAGAUAAUGGUUUUCUUCAGUUCCUGUAUGGCUGUAAAAUACUUCAAUGAAUUAUUUAACUACAUCGAUUUACCCGUAAUGUGCAUUCACGGUAAACAGAAACAACAAAAACGUACAACUACCUUCUACCAAUUUUGUAAUGCAUCAGAAGGGAUUCUCUUGUGUACUGAUGUCGCAGCAAGAGGUCUUGAUAUUCCUUCUGUUGAUUGGAUUGUACAAUAUGAUCCUCCAGAUGAUCCUAAGGAAUAUAUUCAUCGUGUUGGUCGUACAGCACGUGGUGAAGGAAGCAGUGGUCGUGCUCUAUUAAUUCUUCGUCCUGAAGAACUUGGUUUUCUUCGUUAUCUCAAGAAAGCUCGUGUCACUGUAAACGAAUUUGAUUUCUCGUGGAACAAAAUCGCAAACAUCCAACCUCAAUUGGAGCAAAUAAUAUCAAAGAAUUAUCACUUGAAUUUGUCGGCUAAAGAAGCAUUCAAAUCGUACGUCAGAGCUUACGAUUCACAUCAUCUUAAACAGAUAUUUGACGUAGAAACACUGGAUCUCUUCCAAGUUGGCAAAUCAUUUGGAUUUGCCACACCGCCUGCAGUUGAUUUAAAAGUGGGAGUGAGUAAAGCAUCGAGACCACGAAAACGACUUGGCGGUGGUGGAUAUGGAUAUUUAAAUAAUAUGAACAACCCAAAAGCCGGACGAGAAGUACAAAAGAGUAAAAUAUAUCGUCAAGUAGAAAAGAAAAAUAAUUCGAAAACGUUUUCAAGAUAUUAAUUUGUAGUCCAAUAAUUUCAUUAUGCAUAAAACAAUUAAAUACUUUAAUAACUAAAUUUUAUAAAUAAUUAAUUAUAAUUUCAUUUGAAAUAUUAUAUUUUAAACUUAUCACCUUUUAA